AAAAGUUGUUAUAUUGUCUAUGCUUCGUAUAUUCCAUUCAAUUUUCCAAAUAGAAGCAAAAUUAGAAAUAAGAUCCGUUAAAAAUUUAUAAUUCGUGAAUUAAAAAUAUAGAAUUUUAAAUAGUUCAAACUAGCAAAAUGGCACAUACCUUUUAUUUAAUAUGUCUGCUUUGUAUUUUUGGCGUAAGAAUUACUACCGUUUCAUCAGAAUGUAAUAUUCCAAUUGUAUUGAGGAAUACUUGGUUUUCUUUUGAGAAUGGACGACAAACUGUAACUGAUAUUAAUGCCAGCGAUAUGACCGGCAGAGGAGUGUGUGUGAAUAUCAAAGCGGAAUUCCGGGUGAACUACACAAUGGUGUUCCAAUAUACAAACUGUUAUUAUUGUGUUAAACUUAUUGUACGAACUGUAAAUGUUUUGGAGAAAAUUGAAACUCCCUGUGUAGGGUUAGAUCCAGAUGAAGAACCAACUGUUGACAGAGUGUGUAGAGGCUUAAACCCUGAUCAGAACCUAAUUACGUUAUUUUCUGAAAAUUAUGUGCCGGUCAACUGCCGUUCUUCUCUUGAGGGUGUAUGGCAAUUUGCAUACCAAAACCGUUUUCGUUUCACUGGAGAAUGCAAUCAUCCUGAUGCCCAGAUCAAAUCCUGUCAAACUGCCGGAACUCAGUUUCUUAUUACUAAUCAAAAGUUUAAUAUAACAUACAGGAGAUGCCAAGGAAUGUCUAAUACUUUUGAUGGUGUAGUUGAAUACAGUUGUUUAGGUCAUUGGUUUGUGGAUAAGAAUCACUUCUUUGCUGUCGCAAACACUAAGGAAUCUCGUAAGGAUGAGAAAUACCGUUGUUUCCUCAAGAACAGAGAUGAUGACCUAUACAUUGGUGCAUCCAUCACUCCCGAGUGUAAUACCCUGAAAACUGUGGAGAAAUCACCCGAAAGAUACAGAGUAACUCCUGUAAAGGCUGAAGUAGUAGAACCAGGUUGUCGCUUGCCACAGAACUUCUCUGGAGAAUGGGUGAAUACAGCCAAUAUUGAUGCUGAUGUAUUUAUUAAUGAAACUCAUAUAAUUGAAACAUAUUAUCCCGAUGAAGGCAGAUACAGAAGAACUAUUUAUGUUUGCAGAGAACAACGGGAUACUCGUGUAAUGAUGGCUCGUCUCACUGUUGAUGGUUGCCAGAAGGAUUACAUAUGUUUUGAUUUCGUACCAAGGCAUCACAAUAUCAUACGGUAUCGCAAAGGAUUGGCCAUGAUUCAGAGCAACUUUCACACUGUGUGUUCCUGGGUACAGUUCCCGAAUAAACAACAGUGGCGUUACGAUAUUUUUCUUAGGAAAGAUCCAUCACCUAUUCGUUGCCCUGUAGCUGGAAAAUUCAAUUUUACCCAAAAAGGCGAUGUAAAAUUUGAAACCAGGAUUCUCGGUGGAGUUACUUUGAGUCCUCGACCUAAUUUGUAUUGUAAAAUCAAUAUAAGUGACUUCUCUGUGUGUGAUUUUGAUCAGAAAACUAUACAAAUAAAGGAAAAUUAUUGUCUGACAGUAGAUUAUUUGGGAAGACCAGUGGAUAUAUACAGUGACCCAGAUUACAAAAUGAAAUGUAUUGGAUAUUGGAAGGAGAAUUUGAAGUCAUAUUUGAUAACAUUUGAUGAGUUAGAUCCUUUCUCUAAAUACAGGUGUUGGGUGUAUCAAAGAGCUGAUUUAAACAGAGUGUUAAUGUCACAAGCCUUAGGUCCAUACUGUGAUUUAAAACAGGAUGUCACAUCAUGGAAUUACACAGAGGGGGCUGCUGUCGCCGUAGAAAUGGAAGAAUACGAGAGAGAAAGAGACCAGUGUCCUAUGCAUUUUGACGAUGGCAGCGACCCUUGGAGUGCAAAAGAAAGCCUAAUUCGAAUUCUAACAUACUCAUAUUGGAGUUCAAGCAGUGCCACUUUGCUAAGUAUCAGUUUAUCAUCACUGAUAAUGGUGGCCUUAACUUUUGUAAUACAAUGAUGUUAGUAACUUAGUUUAGAUUGAUUAAGUUGCAUAUGUUAUAGUGUGUUACUAAAAUGAUGAGUUCUGAAUAUUGUACUAAUACAAUUCAUACCAUUUCUACUUUUCAAGAAUUGAAAAAUAUUAAAAGAAUAAUAAUAUUUCUCACAGCUCUUUAAAGAUGUAUGUAAAGUAAUAGAUAACAUAGGCGACUGUUGCAUUUAUGUAUGCCGUUGGACUCAUAUAUUUUCCCAAUUAACAAACUACAGAAUCUCAAGUGUGACAUAGUCAUAAAUUAUGUGCCUUAAUGUGCAAUUUAUUCAUACGUAUAGUUAUAAGUAUGCAUUAUAUUUAAUCAAUCUUACCACUCUUGUAGGAUUUCAACUGAAUAUUGCACUCCCGGUAGCUAUAGAUAUAUAUAUUUUUAUGAUUGAAGUAUUACUGGUGGCCUAGAGGCCUUUCCAGUUUCACCUGGAUAGGUGGGCGAGCAAAGGCUCAGCCAGAAGGUGUGGGAUUUGCUGCCCGAGCCCCUCCGAAGGAGACUUAACAACUCAAGAGCAAAACUGCUUCGCGAAUGAAUCUACUACCGGAUUGGAAUCGCGACCCGCUGAGAAGAUCCGGCGAGAAACUCAGCAAGCUGAUGCAUGGGUUAGGUUGCACGUCGACCUCUUUGUCGAGUUCGACAAGUACGGUUACCGGAGUUCCUCUAACCUGCUCUAAUGUUAGAGUUGAAGGUAUCUAAUGCAAGAGUUAGGACGUGUCCAGGGCGAUGACGGUGACGUGCUUCUGCGUGAUCAGAAUUCGGAGAGUAGUAUUAUCAUGACGAGCUCUAUUUUAAGAAUUGUAGAAUGCUGUAAAAUUGAAUAAGAUUUAAAUACUUGAGGUUGUCAAAAAAGCUUUCUAUAUUAUUUUGUUCCAUGUGGAUUAUACGUUCAUAUGUCAACUGGUCGUUUUUAAAUGAAUAUAUAGAUAUCAUUUUAGUAAUUCAUCCAGAUAUUAAAAAAAUCGAUAUGAAAUUUCAAUGUCAGUGAUAGUAUUUACUAAUAGUACUAGUAAUAGCAUUUAGUAAAUUUGGAUCUGAUAUAACCAUGUUAUAUUUAAAAUUUUAUAAAAUAUAUAACAUCCACUAUCCAAAAAUAAUGUGACCAGUUCAUUCCCAAUUUACACCUUACAGUCAAGCGUUCUUGGUUAAAUUGAGUAAUUUUUUACAUAAUGCCAAUUGUCACACAAUUAGGACUGUUUCAAGUUCUGACAAUCUGCAAACAAUGUGCCUUAAAAUAUCAAUAAUAAUUAAAAUAAGUAUUUUAGGCUCUAUACUUUUGUUUAUUGCAGUUUUUAACCAAAUGUAGUUUUAAAUAAUUCUGUACAAUUCUAUAUUUCCGUCCAAAUUAUAUACUAUAUAAAUUGUAACUAUAUUACGUUUUUUGUUUUUUAGUAAUUAGUUCUAAUUUUCCAAAUUUGAUGAUAGUUUUGAUUUUAAGGUCAUAAUCUUUUAUCUUUUUUUUAUUGUAUUCAAAGGCAGCUACUUAAUACAUUCUCAUUGAAUCCGUCCAAUGAUAAUAUUUUCAAAAUAUUAUAUUUUAGCUGUAAGUUACGGAUCAAAUAAAUAAGACUAAACAUAAA